CUCCCAAGAAACUACAACUACCAGCGUCCCGCGCGUGCCAGAGCGUGACGUUGUCGUGUGCGCACCAUGGUAUCGUUGGGCUCUGUUUGACAGGCGGCUAGCAUCAACAGAACCUCUCUGGACGGACUCGUGAGCGCUCGGGGGUCCACUUCCGCCUCGCGGGCCGCCUGUAAACAUGGGGUCCCGGAUAAGGGAGAAUCCGGAGUUUACUUUUGAGGUGUACAUGGAAAUAACAGUCCAAGGCAAACACAGCUCUGGACCAGAGGUACUGAAGCAGUUCCCGGAGGACUACACAGACCAGGAGACUCUACAAACAGUCCCCAAAUUCUGCUUCCCGUUCAACAUGGAGAGUCCCACAGUCAGCCAAGUCGGCCAGAACUUCACGUUUGUGUUGACCGAUAUUGAGAGCAAGCAGAGGUUUGGCUUCUGUCGUCUGUCCUCAGGUGCACACACCUGUUACUGCAUUCUAAGUUACCUGCCUUGGUUUGAAGUCUUCUACAAACUGCUCAAUAUCCUUGCAGAUUACUCUGUCAAAGGCCAGGAGAGCCAGUGGCAGGAGCUUUUGGUUUUACUGCACACACUUCCCGUCCCUGAACCUGGAGAUCCCAUCCAUCUCGGAAUGCAUUCUUUCUUCACCGUGCCUGAUAUCAGAGAACUCCCCAGCAUCCCUGAGAACAGAAACCUAACGGAGUAUUUCGUAGCUGUAGAUGUCAACAACAUGCUUCACUUGUAUGCUAGUAUGCUGUAUGAACGCCGGAUCCUCAUCUGCUGUAGCAAACUAAGCACUUUAACAGCUUGCAUCCACGGGUCUGCAGCCAUGCUGCAGCCAAUGCACUGGCAGCAUGUUUACAUUCCUGUUCUUCCUCAACACCUACUGGACUACUGCUGUGCUCCGAUGCCGUACCUCAUUGGAGUACAUUCCAGCCUCAUGGAGAAAGUUCGAGGGAUGGCUCUGGAUGACGUGGUGGUCUUAAACGUGGACACAAAUACACUAGAGAGCCCUUAUGAUGACCUCCAAAGCCUGCCCAAUGAUGUGGUUUCCUCUUUGAAAAGCCGUCUGAAGAAGGUUUCUACGACAACAGGCGACGGUGUGGCGCGCGCUUUUCUGAGAAGCCAGGCAGCUCUGUUUGGGAGCUACAGGAACGCUCUGCAGAUUGAGCCGGGGGAACCAAUAACGUUUAAUGAAGAAACCUUCAUCAACCAUCGCUCCAGCGCCAUGAGACAGUUCCUUCAGAACGCCAUUCAGCUGCAGCUCUUUAAACAGUUCAUUGAUGGCCGCUUGGACAUGCUCAACUCUGGAGAGGGAUUCAAUGACAUCUUUGAGGAGGAGAUCAGCAUGGGUGAAUAUGCAGCCAGCGACAAGACCUACCACCAGUGGCUCUUCACUGUGAGGAAAGGGGGUGGGGCCAUCUUCCAGACGGUAAAGACGAAGGCGAAUCCAGCCAUGAAAUCCGUUUAUAAGCUGGCCAAAGACCACGCCAAAAUGCGCAUUAAAGAGGUCAAAAGUCGUCUGAAACAGAAGGAGCAGGCGGAGAACGGCUUCUCCUCCUCUGGAUCGGGGGUCAGCGAUGAGUACAGCACAGCAGGGUUCACCUCCCUCUCUGGCGCCGUCCCACACGAAGCUUUGACCUCCUGGGAUAACCACGGACCAAUCACCUUGCACUUCGGACAGGCUCGACCUCCAACGCUUUUGAAGAGGCCAAGCAGCAACGUGUGUCUGGAAAGCAGUUCAGACCACUCUGUCCAUCCUACUCGUCACUACACAGUCUUUCUAUCGGAGGAUUCGUCUGGAGACGAGCUGCACUAUGACAACGAAGCAGUCUCUGGCAUUCCCGACACUUUCCUCUUCUCAGUCCCGUUUGAUUGGUCACCCCUACCACAGCCAUAUCGCUCUCUGAAGGAGGUGGACUUGAUUGACGGGGACGAACCUGGUUUUGGGGCAGAAAGCCACACUGCCCCCCCCAGUCCAGUGACCGAAAAGUUCUCCAACAUGAAUCUGCUCGGGGAUAUUUUUGGCUGCCAGGAAGAACCCGACGGCCAAACGAUUUCUUUGGCCAAAAGCCUGGAAGACCUAAGAACUCCUAAAGAAUCCAAGGAGCUCCAAGCCAAGUUUGGCCAUCAGCGGAUGGACCUGGGUGAAAGCUCUCAAACCUUCCCGGGCCUCAGACUCUUCAGCCCUAACAACAGGCUCAGUGCGAGGCAGGACAAACCCGUCCUACCUGUCCGAGUGCCUUCCACCUGCAGUGAGAUUCUGUCCAUCCAGGGCGAUGUGCAGUCAGAGGUACCUUCACUGAGCUGUGACGGCCCUGCAGGACCCAGUGCCUUGGACCCCUCUGCCUCUGGAAAUAUCACAAUUCCUCGUCCUCAUGGAAGAAAGACGCCGGAGCUGGGAGCCGUCCUAGCGCCCCCUUCAGCCCAAUGCCGAUCUAAGGUGACGGGUUUUGGGGAGGGAAGGACUACAUCGGGGGCACAAGAGUUCAGGCAAGCGCUGAGCAUGACCAAAGAUGGAGAUCUACUGAUGCCCGCUCGGCCUGCUGACAACAAUGAGGAUCUGAUCAGCCUCUUAGAUCCCCUAAACAGCUCAUCUCAGUCCAAUUUCACUACAGGAGCAGACAGGGCGGAUGCCACACCGUCUUCUGCCAACACGUCAGGACUACAACACAGGCCCUACUCGCACGGCUUGCCUCCCUUUAGUUUUCAUCCUCACUUGAUGCUGAACCCCUUUGCCUCGUCGGUGCAGCACUGUUCUCCAACUGUGAGUGGGAAUCCCUUCAGUGCCGUCUACAGACCUCCACCGGGUACUUACAUGCACCACUCACCUCAGCCGCUGCCCGUCUCCACACUACCAGGCCUUUACCGACAGCACUCACCCAGCAGUUCUACUCUACCCACUGCUUAUGGACCCCCCCAGUCUGCUGCUGCUGCCUCCUCAGGUACCCCGCUGCCCCGCUCCUUCGACAGCAGUCACGCUCUCUACAGCCCGGUGGACUCCUCAUCCGUCUUCAGCUCAUCCGUAAACACACCAGAGAGGCCGGCACAGCUGCAGGCAGACGGGCAGAAAUCCCAGGAUCCUUUUGGAGACCUGCUUAGCAUGGCUAGACCAGUGACUCCACAGAAAAUGAAGGUGGAGGACCUUCGAAGGAAGUGGGAAACGUUUGAGUGAAGCUAUACAGGUCUGCCUUGAGCCUUGAAGGCUUGUACUCACAUGAAUACUUUUUUUGUUGUUUUUAUAAAACUGUAACAACAUGGGCAACCACUGGACAGUAGAUGGUAGUACAAGCUCUUUGAUGGAGCUGACUUACAUUUAUCAGUGCAAGUCAUUAGGAUUCAUUGUGAUGGUUUGCUCCAGUAACGUCAGUAUAUUAACCAUAGAUGCCAAAAUGUCAUUACUGAUCAUAGUUUUAAAACUUUUGUUGUUGAAACGACUGAUUGGAAUCUAAGAAGGGACUAAAACAAAGCAGUUGAUUAGCUGAAAACACAAGCUGUACAAAUCAUGUCUUUUAGUCCAAAAGGUGAGUUUCUGAGAUCGGAUUAUCUCAAUGAACCAUAAAGUCAAAUAAUUGUAGACAUUAGCAUACCUUCAGCUCCUCCAACUACACUGAAGAACUCACUCUACCAUCUGAUGUUUGGUGGCGUGCUCACAAAUCCAUGUAGGAAUGUCCACACCAGCAGGUUCCGUCCUGAGAGCUUUGAACGACCAAAACCUUGGCUUUAAGUUUCUGAAGAAUUGGUUCCUUUCAGUGCAAGACACUGUCUGACAGACAGCUGGGCUCCUUGAUUUGACCCAGAAGCGUACAGAUAAAUGCUCCUCCUGUCACCUUUUCUAUCUCUAGUUUCACCUUUGAAGAUCCACCUCACAGUCCUAGAAGAAUUUUACCAAACACUGGAAUAAGAGUUUAGACUCACUCAAAGGGAGUUUCACCAAAUGCUUUAUCUAUUCUAAAAUUAUAAUUUCAUUUUAUGUAAACUUUAAAGUAUAUGUGAAUAAAGUAAACCUGUGGAUGAAGCUGCUUCUCUCUCUUAGAGCAUUUAGAUCAGUCGCUAACUGAAAUGCUGUUUGUGAUUAAAUUCACGAUGGGGAAAAGUUUUUAUGUCAAUUUUCUGUGGAGUAGUGCUUAGCUCUGAAUACCCCUACAGAUGUUGGGUCACCUGCAGAACCAGGUGUGAGUGCAGCAGCACUCUGCUACAUUUGCAGCUGUUUGCAAGGAUAGACAUCUCUGCACCUGGACGUUUCUACAUCUGGACGUUUCUACACCUGGACAUCUCUACACCUGGACAUCUCUACACCUGGACAUCUCUACACCUGGACAUCUCUACACCUGGACAUCUCUGCACCUGGACAUCUCUGAACCUGGACGUUUCUACACCUGGACAUCUCUGAACCUGGACGUUUCUACACCUGGACAUCUCUGCACCUGGACGUUUCUACACCUGGACAUCUCUGCACCUGGACGUUUCUACACCUGGACAUUUCUGUACCUGGAGGUUCCUGCACCUGGACGUUUCUACACCUGGACGUUUCUACACCUGGACAUCUCUGCACCUGGACGUUUCUACACCUGGACAUCUCUGCACCUGGACGUUACUACACCUGGACGUUUCUGUACCUGGAGGUUCCUGCACCUGGACAUCUCUGCACCUGGACAUCUCUACACCUGGACAUUUCGACAUCUGGACACCUCUACACCUGGACAUCUCUACACCUAGACGUUUCGACAUCUGGACGUUUCUGUACCUGGAGUUUCCUACACCUGGACGUUUCUACACCUGGACAUUUCAACAUCUGGACGUUUCUGCACCUGGACAUCUCCACACCUGGACAUUUCUGUACCUGGACGUUUCCCCUGGAUGCUUCUGUACCUGGACAUAUCUACACCUGGACUCACCUGUGCCCUCUGGGUCACAGAGUAAUCAGUAACUAACUUCUGCAGGAAUUCUGCUUUGAUGUUGGCCUUCUCUCCUUGACCUGUAAAUAUCUGCUGCCUUUCAUUGUUAUUUAAGAAGACACCUUGCAACGUCACCACAGACUAUCCUCUGAAAUUAUUUUAAACGUCUCUUUAAAAUAAAAACAUACGUGUAAUUUGGAGA